CACCAUUCACUCGCACCCCCGUGAGCCGCUCUCGCUAUUGUUCGCCUCGCACAACACGCCCGUCCGCGCGCAGAAGCUUUUCCACCAUGCUCUUCCGUCUUCCUUUCCUUCCACAUCCCACAAACUACCCUCUGACCUGAGCUCAAGCCAACCAUCCGUUCGCUUUCCUGUCAAGCGCAGCAUCUGCUUCUUGCCACACCUUCCCCUUGGUGAUACGGCACACCUCGUUCAGCAUGGCUACUGAGAAGCCUUCCACCCCCAACGGCACCGUCGACAACUCAGUCAAGGCCGAUACCAGCAGCCCAAAGAAGCCUGGGUCCGCUCAGCAUCACGUGGGUCCCUCAUGCGACGCCGCUACCUUGAAGGCACCCAUUGAGUCCCAGGAGGACGCAUCUGUUGCCCCCAUAGCCUCCCCCGAGGCCCGCGAGAACGAUGAGGCUCACGAGAUGUCACUCAGCUCGCACAAGCGAUCCCUCCCUGGAUCAUCCGAGGACUCACUCAGCAAGAAGACCAAGAUGGAGGAGGUGGAAUCUCCGGAGCCCUCCCCGCGCUUUCCGAGCCCUUCCAAUGUCCCAGCCAUUUCAGUGGACAAGGAAACCUGGCAGGGCUACUGCGAGAUUGAGUCCGACCCGGCCUACUUUUCAGUGAUCCUGCGUGACAUUGGAAUCCAAGGUGUGGACGUCCAGGAGCUCCUCACGGUAGACCAGGAACAACUCAGCUACCUAGCUCCUGUCUAUGGAUUGGUCUUGCUCUUCCGUCAUCGCGAGUUCGAUCAGCACAACCAAGAAGGAGCCUGUCCCGACAAUGUGUGGUUCGCCAAUCAGAUGCCGGGACAGAACAGCUGCGCGACUCUCGCCAUGAUACACACCCUCCUCAACGUGGACGAUCCGGAUAUCGACAUCGGCGAGCACAUGCACCAGUUCAAGGACUUCACCAAGGACAUGACUCCUCUCCAACGCGGCCACACCUUCGCAAGCUGGAAGUUCGUCAAGGGCAUCCACAACUCCUUCGCCAAGAAGAUGGACAUGCUCGAGAACGACAAGUACAUCGCAGCAAAAGCUGCCAAGGCGCAGAAGAGCAAAGCUGCUAGUCAGAAGAAAAUUGCAGAGACGAAGAAAGCUCCCAGUGUCCAGACCAAGUCGCGCUCUAGAACGGCACGACGCAACUCUGAAGACAGCAAUGCGAGCAGCGAUUCCGUCGAGGCUUUCGAGGAGAACGCCCAUCACUACAUCGCCUUCGUGCCCAUCAACGGCGAAGUCUGGAAGCUCGAUGGUAUGGACAAGCAACCUACCCUCAUGGGCGAGUACGACGAAGAUAAGGGCGAGAUGUGGAUCCCUGCUGUUUCCGAGCGUAUCAACGCACUCAUCCAAGCAGGCGACAACGACUACGGCAUCUUUGCCAUCAUGCAGUCUCCUCUCGUGUCCCUUCGCAACCAGCUCUGUGAAGCCGACAACACCAUCGAGCGCGUCGACGGCCGUCUGGACACCCUGAGCACAGACUGGAAAGAGUUCUUGGACGAGGAGACCCGCGAGCCUCCGAGCCCUAGCUUCAUGGGCUCCUUCAGCGAGGAACAGCGCGCUGCGAACCCGAUCCCUGCCAGCAUCAAGGUCGCCAUCGACAAGGAGGACGUGCCGGAGCUCCUGGUUCGUCACCGCAAGCUGGUGGCGGAGAUGCGGAGGCUGAUGCUGGAAUACAUGCAGCAGGUGCAGGUGGUCUCGGAGCAGGAUGAGCGCGCUGAGGCACGUCGCUGGGACUACGGUCCUGCUAUCCAGGCUUGGAUCGGCAUGCUGGCUGAGAACGGGUUUCUGCAGGAAAACAUUGACGAUUUCAAAGAGUGAAGUGAGCAUAGUGUUGGUGGGCGAUCGCGACGACAACAGCGAUGCAAUUGCUACCAUAGUAUGCUGCGCCUUUAGAGAAGCAGAGAGUUUGUAUACGUAGUUAAGAGGGCCG